CGGGUCUGCUCAAAGGGCUACACUUUGGUGCUACAAGAGUGAAUAAAAUCUCCGCGGCUCCCUCGUUUGCACUUGUUCCUUGGCGUUCAUGCCACCCAACGGUCUGAGCUGACACUUUUCAUCUCGGGCCUUGUUCGUAUUUGUUCUUUUCUUCUUCUUUUCUUGUUCUCAUACCCUCCCCAUUUCUGUCUGAACAACCCGAUUACUAUUGCUUCUUCCCUUUCUUUCUUUUUUUAUUUUCAUCUCAAGCUCAUUCCCCUGGAUUGUCGACAUCAUUGUCAUUUGCUAUCAGCUUAGAUUUGAAAAUUCAUUCAUCUUUGGCGCCUCAUAUCUUUAUUGUUGACUAUGAGUCGUCUGGCGACUUUGCUCGCGGCGGCGGCACUAUUAGCGCCUACCGGAGCUUCUGCAGUUCCUCAUGAUAUUCAAUAUCGAGAUGAGCUUCCUCGAUCGCUCGGAAGCCGGGCCACCGACCAGUCACCCAAAGGCUAUGCGCCCUCUACUGUUGACUGUCCUAGCGAGCGUCCUGUGAUUCGUCUUGGCUCUGAGCUGAGCCCCCAGGAGAAGGAAUGGCUGCCCCGGAGACGCAAUGAGACCAUUGCGCCUAUUCGAGCUCUCCUGGACCGUAUCGCUAUCCCCGGCUUCAACAGUGAUAGAUAUCUAUCCAACGUCGAGAAGGACCCCAAAGCUUUGCCCAACAUUGGCCUGGCUGUGUCUGGUGGUGGCUACCGUGCCUUACAGAACGGUGCUGGAGCCAUUGCCGCCUGGGAUGCUCGAUCCCCCGAUGCCAACUCCACUGGUAAAUUGGGCGGUCUGCUGCAGAGUGCAACCUAUAUCUCUGGUCUGUCUGGUGGUGGGUGGCUGGUUGGCAGCAUCUACACAAACAACUUCUCCUCGGUCCAAGGCAUAAUAGAUGCAGGCGCCUGGAAGUUUGAUGAAUCCAUUCUUGCGGGUCCCAAGUCGGUUAGUCUGUUGAGCUAUUACAAUGAAGUCUUCGACGACGUCGAUGCCAAGGACAAGGCUGGCUUCGAUCGUUCCAUCACCGACUACUGGGGCCGUUUCCUCUCUUAUCAGCUCGUCGACAUCGCCAGCGGUGGCCCUGGCUACACCUUUUCUUCCAUCGCCGAAGACCCUGAUUUCAAAAACGCCAAGGCGCCUCUUCCUUUCCUCGUGGCAGAUAGUCGCCCGCCUGGAGAAACCAUCAUCUCCAACAACUCCACAAUCUUUGACUUUAACCCCUGGGAGAUGGGCUCAUCCGACCCAACCCUGAAUGGCUACAUGCCGCUCAAGUAUGCCGGCUCCAAGUUCAACAACGGCGUGCUGCCCAAGAACGAAUCUUGCUUUGUUGGAUUCGAUAACGUCGGCUAUAUCAUGGGCACUUCUAGCACUCUUUUCAACCAGAUCGUCCUCUACCUCAAAGACAGCAAUAGCACAAACUCAAUCGUUCCCAAAGGCAUCCCUGAUUUCGUGGUUAAGAUUCUCACUGGUGUUUUGACUGCGCUUGGUAAUGACAACAACGACAUUGCCGACUGGACACCGAAUCCAUUCAAGGGGUGGAACGCCAAGAACAACCCAUUCGCCAACAACAACCGAUUGACUCUUGUGGAUGGUGGCGAGGAUCUGCAGAACAUCCCCUAUCACCCUCAUCUGCUGCAUGAGCGCCAGGUCGACGUUGUUUUCUCAGUCGACUCCUCGGCCGAUACCAAUGGCUGGCCCGAUGGUGCCUCUCCCAUUGCCACCUAUGAGCGUGCAGUCAGCAAGAUCUCCAACGGCACUGGGUUCCCCUAUGUGCCCGGCAGGGAGACUUUCCUCAACCUCGGGCUCAACACCAAGCCCGUCUUUUUCGGCUGCAACUCGACCAACGUGACGGACACAUCACCCCUGAUUGUCUAUCUGCCCAACUACCCUUACCAGUUCCAUUCGAACCUGUCUACUUUCCAGAUGACAUACAAGGACGAUGAGCGUAACGCCGUCAUUACCAACGGCUGGGAUGUGGUCACUCAAGGCAACGCGACUCGCGACUCCAACUGGCCGGUGUGCGUUGGCUGCGCCAUGCUGUCCCGCAGCUUCGAGCGCACCAAGACCCCCGUGCCCGAUGCCUGCAACAAGUGCUUCCAGCAGUACUGCUGGAAUGGCACAAUUGCCACAGGAACGCCGGCAGACUAUCAACCCAAGAUCUUGGACACACCCAUCAAGGUUGACAGCAACAUGGGUACGAGGUCUGCCAGCGGCGCAACGGUGAUGACAGUAUUGGCGGCGGUCACAUGUGCCGUCUUGCUCAUGUAAAGCAUUUGACCUUGUCUUUUGGAGUUUUUCUUUUUUUGGCAUUCCUAAGAUGGAAUAGAAAGGGGGAUAUAUAAUGGGACAUUACCCAUCAUGGCGAAAGCGCAUAAAAUCAUGAACUUUUUUUUAGCCUAUGCGUUUUUUGGUUCUAAGGCUGGGCUUGGUCAGGUUGGGUUUUUGCAGACACCAUAUUGAUUUCAUAGGUUUUUUCUUUAGAAUAUUGAUUAUUCUUUACACUCUUCAU